CUGAGUUUGGUUCAGACAAGUACACAGUCCUGUGCGGGUCGGCGCGGCGGUCCGAAUAGCUAUUGAUCAUUCGCAAUUCGGAAAAGGAUCCACUUGCUACUUUUAUUCUGAUACGUAGCAAUCCCUUCUCUGAUGCGUGUGAUAGCCGUAGUUGGCUUCUUUCUGGUGGCCGCCGCUGCCAAGAAGAAUACCAAAAACAACGACAGGUGCCGGUACUGCCACUUUUUAGUGGUCACAUUUGAAUGGGGUUUAAUAAGGACGGAGCGACAUCAUUUUGCUGGAGGUGAUACGGCAUGGGAGGAGAAGAAAUUAGGAAAAUACGCCACGAGUGAAACUCGAUUAGUGGAAACAUUGGAAACUAUAUGUCAGAAAAAUUCUAUCGCAGAAGGUGAUGAUUUUCGAGGACUGGAUCAGUUGGAGUUCCGGUGUAACGCUCUAUUCGAAGAAUAUGAAGAUUUGAUAGAGGAGUACUACUACAAGCACCAAGCAAAGAAUAUGACGAAAUGGCUAUGUGAAGAGAAAACUAAGCUCUGCUGUCCGGAUGGUCAUUAUGGAGAGAAUUGCAACAAAUGCCCCGGAUUAGAACAGAUAGGCAGAGUUUGUUUCGGCCGAGGAAAUUGCGACGGAGACGGCAGAAGAAAGUGUGCUGCUGACUAUUUCGAGAAGUCUAAGAGCGAAAACACCAUAGAAUGCGAAAAGUGUUUCGAUGGCUGUGCCGGCGGAUGUACAAAGGCAGGACCGAAGGGCUGCACGAAAUGCAAAAGUGGAUAUAAUGAUACCGAUGAUGGUUGCACAGAUAUAGAUGAAUGCGCUCUGGAAACGACGUGUUCAAAUGGUCAUGAGACAUGUGUGAACCUUCCGGGUUCCCACAGAUGCGAUUGUGAAGAUGGCUAUAAACGCGAUGGAGCAUAUUGCGUACUGGAUGUUGAAGCGAAACCGUAUCGAAUGCUGGUACCUCCUGACAAGCUGCUCAAAGGAAUUGCAAUGACAACUUUCGCAAGAGCAGCAAAGACAACUGCAGAUGAUCUCAAUGCUGAUGACGGUGACGAGUCAGACGAAGGUGAAGAAGAACCCGAAGACCAACCUAGCCAUAGUAAUGCUGAACAUGCGAAAGAGGAAUUAUGAAUCUCUCUUCAGUUGGCUUUUCACUUAAUAAUAUUUGUUUUAUUUCGUGUUUUAUUUAUAAACUCGGGAUAUGUCUCCUGUAGUGUCCCAGCUACAGUUCAGUGCAGGUGUUCAUGUGAUUUCACUUUUUGAAGAUUUCAAGCUGCAAUCUCUGUCAAAUGAAUGUGUUCGUGCAGAUGAAUUCCUACGAUAUAUGCAUAAAUAUGGA